GUGGCCUUUUUCUCUUCUCCUUCCCACCCCCCCACCCCUCUUCCCCUCCUUUAAGAGGCGGCGCUGGAGCCGGAGCCAUUUUCCCUUCAGCGGCGGCGUCGAGAAAAUCAAGAAGCCGGGGCUGCCUUAAGUCGGAGUGCUCUCCUGGCGUUUGUCGUAAGGAGGUGCCAAGAUAGCAGGGACCGCUUGAGCCUCCUGAAUUGCCCCCCAAACCUGGGGGCAUGGCAUCAGGCAUGGGGUCCCCGUCGCCCUGCUCCGCCGGCAGCGAUGAGGAAGAGAUGGAAAUCCUGUUGAACAACAGCAUCCACCAACAUCAAGAGCCAGAAGAAGAGCCAGAGGAAGAGCUGUUAUCGGAAGCAGAGAUACCAAAAAUCAAGAAGAAGAAGAAGCCGAAAAAAGCGAAGGAGCCUAAAGUACCCAAACUCAGUAAGCGCCAGAAAAAAGAGCUUGGAGACAGCUCUGGCGAGGGAAAUGAGUUUGUGGAGGAAGAAGAGGAGGUGCUGCUGCGCUCAGACAGUGAGGGAAGUGACUAUACCCCUGGCAAGAAGAAGAAGAAGAAACUUGGGCCUAAGAAGGAGAAGAAGAGCAAAGCUAAGCGCAAGGAAGAAGAAGAGGAAGAAGAUGAGGAUGACGAUUCCAAGGAGCCAAAGUCUUCUGCCCAGCUUUUAGAGGACUGGGGCAUGGAGGAUAUCGAUCAUAUUUUCACAGAGGAGGAUUAUCGCACUCUUACCAAUUAUAAGGCUUUCAGUCAAUUUGUCAGGCCACUUAUUGCUGCCAAGAAUCCCAAAAUUGCUGUCUCCAAAAUGAUGAUGGUUCUGGGGGCCAAGUGGAGAGAGUUCAGCACAAACAACCCCUUUAAAGGGAGCUCUGGGGCAUCUGUGGCAGCUGCCGCCGCCGCUGCUGUAGCUGUAGUGGAGAGCAUGGUGGCCAGUGUGGAUCCAGUCCCCCCUCAGCCUCCAGUUGAAGUGCCACUUCGAAAAGCCAAGACCAAGGAGGGCAAAGGGCCCAAUGCCCGGAAGAAGCCCAAGGCCAGUCCCCGUGUUCCUGAAAUCAAAAAACCCAAAACGAAAAAAGUGGCACCUUUGAAAAUCAAGCUGGGGGGAUUUGGUUCCAAGCGUAAAAGAUCUUCGAGUGAGGAGGAUGACUUGGAUGUUGAGUCAGACUUUGAUGAUGCAAGCAUUAAUAGCUACUCUGUGUCAGAUGGAUCUACUAGUCGUAGCAGCCGUAGCCGCAAGAAACUAAAAGCGGGGAAAAAGAAAAAGAAAGGAGAAGAAGAUUCUGCUGCAACUGUGGAUGGCUAUGAAACAGACCACCAGGACUACUGUGAGGUGUGCCAACAGGGCGGAGAAAUCAUCCUGUGUGACACUUGCCCUCGUGCCUAUCACAUGGUUUGUCUGGAUCCAGAUAUGGAGAAAGCUCCAGAGGGCAAGUGGAGCUGCCCACAUUGUGAAAAAGAGGGCAUCCAAUGGGAGGCCAAAGAAGAUAAUUCUGAGGGCGAGGAAACAAUGGAGGAUGCUGUGGGGGACGCAGAAGAAGAGGAUGAUCACCACAUGGAGUUCUGCCGUGUUUGUAAAGAUGGAGGAGAGCUACUGUGCUGUGACGCGUGUCCUUCUUCCUACCACAUCCACUGCUUGAAUCCCCCAUUGCCAGAGAUUCCCAAUGGAGAGUGGCUUUGCCCACGCUGUACUUGUCCGCCUCUGAAAGGCAAGGUGCAGAAGAUCUUGACUUGGAAGUGGGGACAGCCGCCCUUACCUACGCCUGUCCCACGGCCAGCCGAUGCUGACCCGAAUGCACCGUCUCCAAAGCCGCUGGAAGGAAGGCCUGAGCGACAAUUCUUUGUCAAGUGGCAGGGCAUGUCCUACUGGCACUGUUCCUGGGUAUCUGAGCUGCAGCUGGAACUGCAUUGCCAAGUGUUGUUUCGUAAUUACCAACGAAAAAAUGAUAUGGAUGAGCCCCCGUCGGGAGAUUUUGGAGGGGAAGAAGAAAAGCUCCGAAAGCGCAAGAACAAGGACCCUAAGUUUGCAGAGAUGGAGGAGCGUUUUUACCGUUACGGGAUCAAGCCAGAGUGGAUGAUGAUCCAUCGGAUUCUCAACCAUAGUGUGGAUAAGAAGGGGAAUGUUCACUAUCUUAUUAAAUGGAGAGAUCUACCAUAUGACCAAGCUUCUUGGGAAAAUGAGGAGGAAGACGUGCAAGAUUAUGACAGCUUCAAGCAGUCAUAUUGGAAUCACAGGGAGUUGAUGAGGGGUGAUGAAGGAAGACCUGGCAAGAAGAUAAAGAAAGUGAAGUUACGGAAAUUAGAGAGGCCUCCAGAAACACCAACAGUUGAUCCUACCGUGAAGUAUGAUAGACAACCUGAUUACCUGGAUGUGACUGGAGGAACAUUGCAUCCUUAUCAACUGGAGGGCCUUAACUGGCUGCGUUUCUCUUGGGCCCAAGGCACAGACACCAUCCUGGCUGAUGAAAUGGGCCUGGGAAAGACUGUACAGACAGCAGUGUUUUUGUAUUCACUUUAUAAAGAGGGACACUCCAAAGGGCCUUUCUUGGUGGGUGCUCCAUUGUCUACCAUCAUCAACUGGGAGAGAGAAUUUGAAAUGUGGGCCCCAGACAUGUAUGUGGUGACAUACGUUGGAGACAAAGACAGUCGAGCCAUUAUCCGUGAGAACGAAUUCUCCUUUGAAGAUAAUGCUAUACGUGGUGGAAAGAAGGCUUCCAAGAUGAAGAAAGAGGCAUCUGUGAAAUUCCAUGUGUUGCUCACUUCCUAUGAGUUGAUCACAAUUGACAUGGCUAUUCUGGGCUCCAUUGACUGGGCUUGUCUCAUAGUUGAUGAAGCACACAGACUGAAGAAUAAUCAGUCCAAGUUUUUCCGGGUGCUGAAUGGUUACUCCCUCCAGCACAAGCUCCUGCUCACAGGGACUCCCCUACAGAAUAAUCUGGAGGAAUUGUUUCACCUCCUUAACUUCUUGACACCAGAGCGAUUUCACAACCUUGAGGGCUUUCUGGAGGAGUUUGCGGACAUUGCCAAGGAAGAUCAGAUCAAAAAGCUUCACGAUAUGUUGGGCCCGCACAUGCUGAGGCGGUUAAAGGCAGAUGUCUUCAAGAACAUGCCUUCCAAGACAGAACUCAUUGUCAGAGUGGAACUAAGCCCUAUGCAAAAGAAAUACUACAAAUAUAUCCUGACAAGGAAUUUUGAGGCCCUGAAUGCCCGUGGUGGCGGCAACCAAGUUUCUCUACUCAAUGUGGUUAUGGAUCUGAAGAAAUGUUGCAACCACCCAUAUCUCUUUCCCGUAGCUGCUAUGGAAGCUCCAAAGAUGCCCAAUGGGAUGUUUGAUGGCAGUGCUCUAAUUCGUGCCUCUGGGAAGUUGCUUCUGCUGCAGAAGAUGUUGAAGAACCUCAAGGAGGGGGGACACAGAGUACUGAUUUUCUCUCAGAUGACUAAGAUGUUGGAUCUGUUGGAAGACUUUCUGGAACAUGAAGGAUAUAAGUAUGAGAGAAUCGAUGGUGGAAUCACAGGAAAUAUGCGUCAGGAAGCCAUUGAUCGUUUCAAUGCUCCUGGUGCCCCACAGUUCUGUUUCCUACUUUCUACAAGAGCUGGAGGCCUUGGCAUCAACCUUGCCACUGCAGACACAGUGAUAAUCUAUGAUUCGGACUGGAAUCCACAUAAUGACAUCCAGGCCUUCAGCCGUGCUCACCGAAUUGGGCAAAAUAAGAAAGUCAUGAUUUAUCGUUUUGUCACAAGAGCCUCAGUGGAAGAGCGAAUCACACAAGUGGCCAAGAAGAAAAUGAUGUUGACCCAUUUGGUUGUGAGGCCAGGGUUGGGCUCGAAGACGGGCUCUAUGUCAAAACAGGAGCUAGAUGAUAUCCUCAAGUUUGGCACUGAGGAACUUUUCAAAGACGAAGCUACAGAAAGUGGUAAAAACCUGCGCAAUGUAGCACAAAGUGAUACCAAAGAAGGCGAGGAUAUCAGUGUCAUUCAUUACGAUGACAAGGCAAUUGAACGUCUCCUGGACCGUAACCAAGAUGAAAUAGAGGAUGCUGAGAUCCAGGGUAUGAACGAGUACCUGAGUUCCUUCAAAGUGGCUCAGUAUGUGGUGCGUGAAGAAGAAAUGGGGGAGGAAGAAGAGGUUGAACGGGAGAUUAUCAAACAAGAAGAGUCAGUGGAUCCAGAUUACUGGGAAAAGUUGCUUCGUCAUCAUUAUGAACAGCAGCAAGAAGACCUGGCCCGGAAUCUGGGGAAAGGCAAGCGUAUCCGCAAGCAAGUCAACUACAACGAUGGUUCCCAGGAGGACAGAGGUGUGCAGAGAACAGGAGGUGAAGGGGUUUAUGGUAGUAUCUACCUUGCCCCAGACAACUUAGCUGUGCAUUUUGUCUUUCCAGAUUGGCAGGAUGACCAAUCAGAUAAUCAGUCUGAUUACUCUGUUGCCUCUGAGGAAGGAGAUGAAGACUUUGAUGAAAGAUCAGAAGCUGCUCGCCGACCGAACCGCAAAGGCUUAAGGAAUGACAAAGACAAGCCACUGCCCCCUCUCCUUGCCCGUGUGGGAGGCAACAUAGAGGUUCUGGGCUUUAAUGCUCGGCAGCGGAAGGCCUUCCUUAAUGCCAUCAUGCGCUAUGGUAUGCCUCCUCAGGAUGCCUUUACCACUCAGUGGCUGGUGCGAGAUCUCCGGGGAAAAUCAGAAAAGGAGUUCAAGGCCUAUGUCUCCCUCUUCAUGCGUCACUUGUGUGAACCAGGAGCAGAUGGGGCAGAAACAUUUGCUGAUGGGGUCCCACGCGAGGGUCUAUCACGGCAGCAUGUCCUCACCCGGAUAGGGGUCAUGUCACUCAUACGAAAAAAGGUACAAGAGUUUGAACACGUGAAUGGACGCUGGAGUAUGCCAGAACUAGCGGAGAUUGAGGAAAACAAGAAGUUGUUGCAACCCAGUUCUCCUUCCCCCAAAACCCCAACUCCCUCUACACCAGGAGACACGCAGCCUAACACACCUGCCCCUGUUCCCCCACUUGAAGAGGGUGUGAAAGCGGAAGACGUUCCUUGUACCAAGGAUCUAGGAGAUCAAACAGAAAUUAAGAAGGAGAUUAGUUCCAGUGCUAUUACUGCUGAGAAUGAAGUCCCAGCUGAGCAGGCCCCCCCUCCAACAGAGACUCCCUCACAGGAAGCUAAAUCUCCUGUGAAUGCUGCAGAAGUGGAAGAAAAGAAACCAGAUGAUCCACAAAUAAAAGAGGAGCCUAUGGAGACAGAAAGUAAAGCUGAUAUAGAGAAGGUUGAAGAGAAGGCCCCUGCAGAACCACCCACAGAGCCUCCAACUAUAAACCUAGAAGAGAAGGAAGAGAAGAAAGAGGAUGAAAAGAAAGAUGUGGUUAUGCUCCAGAAUGGAGAAACGCUCAAAGAGCCUACUGAUGACCGGCACAAGAAGGCGCUGAAGCAGCGAUUCAUGUUCAAUAUUGCCGACGGUGGCUUCACUGAGUUGCAUUCCCUGUGGCAAAAUGAAGAGCGGGCAGCUACUGUUACUAAGAAGACCUAUGAGAUCUGGCACCGGCGUCAUGACUACUGGCUCCUGGCAGGAAUCAUCAACCAUGGUUAUGCUCGGUGGCAAGAUAUCCAGAAUGAUCCUCGUUACGCCAUUCUCAACGAACCUUUCAAAGGUGAAAUGAACAGGGGCAACUUCCUGGAAAUAAAAAACAAAUUCUUGGCCAGACGGUUUAAGCUGCUGGAACAGGCAUUGGUGAUUGAAGAGCAGUUACGGAGAGCUGCGUAUCUGAACAUGUCAGAAGACCCCUCCCAUCCUUCGAUGGCCCUGAAUACCCGUUUUGCAGAGGUGGAGUGCCUAGCUGAGAGCCACCAGCAUCUGUCCAAGGAGUCUAUGGCUGGCAACAAACCAGCGAAUGCAGUGCUUCACAAAGUGCUGAAGCAGCUGGAGGAGUUGCUGAGCGACAUGAAGGCCGAUGUGACGCGGCUACCUGCCACAAUUGCCCGCAUUCCUCCAGUGGCUGUGCGCCUCCAGAUGUCAGAGCGCAACAUCCUCAGCCGCUUGGCAAACCGUAGCAGUGAACCUCCACCACCACCACCACCACCCCAGCAGGUGGCACAGCAGCAGUGAGAUAUUGGUCCAGCGCUGCCAACUCAGUGAUACAGCUCAAGUGACAUACGCUUCCUUGUUUGAAUUUUGACCCCACUUCCCCCCUGCCUGGCACUCCUGUUCAGAUGGCGUCGUCUCUGCAUGGGGGAUGGCUGGAGAGAAGAGGAAGUACAAUCUUCCAUACGUUGCCAGUUGCACUUGGAUUGCCCUUGGGUGACAGGAGACAUUGGAUGGACUCUGUAUAUAGUGACUGGAGACUGCAGCGCCACAUCUGUUACACAGACCUGGCUGCAGGGUUCACCACCAUGGCCCACACUUCCUUGAUUUUAAUUUUAUUUUGAGUUCAUUUAACCAGGACAAGUGCAAGCAAAAGUCAGGACAGACACAGCUACCUCCAUCAAGAUCCUUUUAAUACAAAAAAACUGACUGGACUUGUCCUCUGAAACAGCUGGAAAAAAAGACAAAAAAAUCUUGAUAACAUUGAAAAUAAAGGUUUCCUUGUAUUUUA